AUGUUUCGCGGAAGCGCUGCAGCAAAGAUCGACGCCAAGGGGCGGAUCAAGGUCCCGACGGAGUUCCGCCGUGUGCUCGAACAGGAGCAUGGGCGUGAAGUCUUCAUCACUUCGGUACGCGGUGAUUCGGCACUGCUGUACCCGAUGUUGGUGUGGGAGCAGAUCGAACGCCGGCUGAGCAAGGUGCCGUCAGCAGACCGUACCAAGCAGCGCUUUCUCGAACGGGUCAACUACUUCGGGCACCAGGCGAAACUCGACGCCCAAGGCCGGGUGAUCAUCCCGCUGUUGCUUCGUGAGCGGGCGGAAAUGAUGGGCGAGGCGGUGGUCAGCGGCAGGCUCGAUCAUCUGGAGAUUUGGAACCGUGAGCGCUUCGACCACAAGCUCGAGGACGAACCCUUCACGGACGACGACUUCGCGGCCCUGGCGGAGUACCAGAUCUGA